AUCCUGCAUCGAGACAUUAGUAUGGCCAAUAUUAGAUAUCGAAAAGAUAGCCAGGGGAAUAUCUUCGGAGUCCUUAAUGACUUUGACCUCUCGUCGUUACUUCCUAUCAAUGAAGCCACAUCCGUCCCUCGCAUGGGUACACCGCCUUACAUGGCUGUCGACCUUCUUAAAGAACGAUGUGAUGGUCCACAUCUUUAUCGCCAUGAUUUGGAGGCGCUAUGCUAUAUCUUUUUGAUGAUAUGC